AUGGGCAUUUUCAAGAGACUCGAAGUCCCUCACGAACCUGGCUUGACGAAUCGCGAACUGUUUCUCAACAAUGAGGAUCUGGAACCGGUCCCUCCAGAGAAGCGGACAUGGAAGAGCAUCAACUUUGUCGCGUUGUGGGUCCCAAUAUCCUUUUUUAUUCGCGCAGAUCAUAUAAUGAUGGGAUGGAUGAUCGUUUCGUCGAUGGUGCAGAGCAAAUUGUCGUGGUGGCAGGCCUGGAUCUGUGUUUGGAUUGGGUACGGCGUCGUUGCGCCUUUUAUAGUGUUGAACGCUCGGCCUGGCGCGAAAUUUCAUAUUACCUUCCCUGUGGUCGCGCGCACCGGCUUUGGACUUUAUGGGAGCUUGUGGUGCACGUUUAAUCGUGGUGCUAUGGCGUGUAUCUGGUACGGAGUGCAAGCAAGUAUCGGUGGCACCUGUGUUCUAGUCAUGCUAAGGGCGAUGUGGCCGAGUGUUAACAAUAUACCCAACCACCUUCCUGCCUCGUCCGGAACGACGACCAAAGACUUCAUGUGUUUUUUCCUGUUCUGGCUUAUAUCCUUGCCAGCUAUUUGGUUCCCUAUCCACCAAAUACGACACCUCUUUACACUCAAGGCCAUCGUUGCACCCGCCGCAGGAAUCACAUUCUUCAUCUGGUGUAUUGUAAAAGCCAAGGGUAUCGGGCCCAUAAUGUCCCAACCGUCCCAAAUUCACGGGUCUGAGUUAGCAUGGGAGAUGGUUAUAAGCCUCAUGUCAUGCAUCAGCAAUAUGGCCACGCUCGUCACAAAUGCUCCUGACUUCGCUUCGCGUGCAAAUAGUCCAUCGGCAGCACUGCUGCCGCAACUGAUUUCAGUACCGAUCACAUUUUCGCUGGUUAGUUUUGUAGGCAUUGUCGUCAGUUCUUCAUCACAGACGAUAUUCGGGGAGGCUAUCUGGUCACCUAUCGAUCUUCUUGGGCGUUUCCUUGACGAUUCUCCAUCCGGUGGCACACGAUUUGGUGUUUGGUUUAUUUCGGCGUCAUUUAUCAUUGCCCAGCACGUUCGAAGGACCAAUAUUUCCGCGAAUUCCAUAAGCGCCGGCUGUGACCUUACUGCGCUCUUUCCGCGAUAUAUUAACAUCCGAAGAGGAGGCUAUAUAGCCGCAAUUGUCGGUAUCUGCAUGCUCCCGUGGAAUCUCUUGAAAGAUAGCAAUAGUUUCACUUCGUAUCUCUCAGCCUACUCGGUCUUCCUAAGCUCAAUAGCCGGUGUAAUGAUUACAGAAUACUGCUUAGUGCGAAAAGGGCACUACCGUGUCUCGGACCUUUACCAUUCAGGAAAGGACGGGUGGUAUUAUUAUACCUUCGGGAUCAACUGGCGUGCCUAUGCCGCUUAUAUUGCGGGAAUUCUGAUCAAUGUCGUGGGGUUCGCCGGAGCAACGGGAAGAAAUGUUCCAAUUGCGGCCACGAGGAUAUACAACAUUCUCAAUCGCGCUUUCCCUGUACCUGGCGCGGCAUCGUCGUUCAAGGAAGUGGAUGUUUCUGAAGGGGACGAGCCCCGCUCAGAGAACUUCUCCCAGGAUAAGGCAGACGACGUGGACAUUAAGGUCUAUAGUGCGUAG